AUGAAUAAACUUCCUUCAAUACUCCUCUAACUUAGUUUAAUUUUAUUCUUAAUAUUCAACACCGCAUAAACUCUGACGAAAAAGAGAAUAAACCUGUCAAAUGGAGCUUCUUGCGUGUUUAAUCACAACUGUGCCUCUGGAUGUUGUGAUCUUGGAUUUGACUCUAGUGACUCACUGGGAUCAUAUUGCUUUGACAGGACCUAUUGUACCAGUGAAUUGAAAAAUCCUGGGUAAAGUUGCAGCAUCAGUAACGAAUGUGAGUCUAAGUGCUGCGAGGAUACUAUUUGCCAGAAAAAUGGAAUCUGCUUCAACAAAUAUGUCUUGCCAUUCGUUAUUGUUUUUGGAGUUCUCAUUGUAUUCUUAGUGGCUGCAUUAAUUAUACUGAUACUUUACAAAAGAAAGAUGAGAAGAGCAAAGAUGUUAAAAAGACUAGAUGAUAAAGCUAAGUCAAUGCUAACAAAAUUAGGUGUAAAGCUCCCCACAGCUAAAAGCGAUGGUGUCGAUGAAAUUAAAGAAGCAACACUUUAGCCUGAGGAUUUGAAAUAGGAAGUUGAGGAAGAUGAAGAUGAAGGUCCGGCUGAGACUCACAGAGGAAACAAUGCAGAUGUAGAUGAUAAUUUGAUUUCGAAGACUGUGGGUGAAGAUCAUGAUGAUUUUGUAACCAAAGGUAGAGAUGAUGAUCAAAUAUCUCACGGAACAAGAAGAGCAAGUGUCUAGUAGAAUCCUAAUGUGAAAGAUUAGAGUAAAGUAGACUUGUUACAAAAUGAAGAUGAUUAGCAGAACCUCCAGACUUAGAUUCAAGUUGAAGAAGAUAACGAUCACAUUGAAGGAUAAGACUAAAAUUAGCAAGUGGACAAUCAGGAUAGAUAAAGUUAGAGACAUAAUUAAAGUUAGCUUGAGGAGCAAGCACCUGACGGAUAAGAAGAAGAAUAAAAACAACCUUAUGAUGACUAAUGA